CCGCGCGUUGGUUCGCUCUUCCCCGCCCCUUUACCCCACCUCUCUCGUCCCCUCCCACCCCCCGGCUCCCCGCGGUGGUCUGGCCCGGCCCGGCGGCGGAGGGAGCGGCGGAGACGGGUGGGGAGGCAUUGGCGGCUGGGGGGUCUCGCUGCCCGUUGACGCGUCAGCCCCUGCGGAGCGGCGAGGAGCGGAGCCGGGGAGAGAGUGCAGCGAGUGAGGGAGCGCGAGCGGCUCCCCGACCCCAGGCAGCACCAUGAGUGAACAGAGUAUCUGCCAAGCACGAGCUGCUGUAAUGGUCUACGAUGAUGCCAAUAAGAAAUGGGUACCAGCUGGUGGAUCAACUGGAUUCAGCAGAGUUCAUAUAUAUCAUCACACAGGCAACAACACAUUCAGAGUAGUGGGCAGGAAGAUUCAGGAUCAUCAGGUGGUAAUAAAUUGUGCCAUUCCAAAAGGGCUGAAGUACAAUCAAGCUACACAGACCUUCCACCAGUGGCGUGAUGCUAGGCAGGUGUAUGGUCUGAAUUUUGGCAGCAAAGAAGAUGCCAAUGUCUUCGCAAGUGCCAUGAUGCAUGCCUUAGAAGUAUUAAAUUCACAGGAAGCUGGACCUACAUUGCCUCGACAGAAUUCACAGCUUCCCUCUCAAGUACAAAAUGGUCCAUCACAAGAAGAAUUGGAAAUCCAGAGAAGACAGUUGCAAGAGCAGCAGAGGCAGAAGGAGCUGGAGCGGGAGAGGCUGGAUCGUGAACGAAUGGAACGGGAGAGGCUGGAGAGAGAGAGGCUAGAAAGGGAAAGACUUGAAAGAGAGCGCCUAGAACAGGAGCAACUGGAGAGAGAACGGCAAGAAAGGGAACGACAAGAGCGACUAGAAAGGGAGAGACAAGAGAAGGAGAGGCAGGAUCGAGAAAGACUUGAACGACUUGAACGGGAAAGGCAAGAAAGAGAACGACAAGAACAGUUGGAAAGGGAACAAUUGGAAUGGGAAAGAGAGAGAAGAAUUACAAAUGCUGCUCCAUCUUUCGACAACUCCCCGUAUAGCACUACACUUCCCGACUACUCCAGUUGCCAGCCUCCUUCAGCACCUCCUCCAUCAUAUGCAAAAGCAGUCUCAGCACCAAUGUCAGAGGCCGCACCGGAGUACGCUGUAGUGACUUCUGCACCACCGACUUCCACUCCCCCUACACCGCCUCUAAGGCACUCUGCAUCACGUUUUGCUACAUCUUUAGGCUCAGCUUUCCACCCUGUUCUCCCCCAUUACGCUACGGUUCCUCGUCCGCUGAGCAAAAGUUCUCGGCCCCCUUCUCCUGUCAAUGCCCCAGCGACAUUGCCUCCAAAUACAAAGCCUGUUGCCUGGUCUGCACCCAGUUUUGCCCCUCUUCCCCCAUCUCCUCCAGUAAUGAUAAGCAGUCCACCAGGCAAAGCUACUGGUCCGAGACCUGUCCUCCCAGUGUCGGCUUCUAAUCCAGUGACCCAAAUGUCCACGUCUCCCACGGCUCCUAACGGGCUUCCUGAAAACCUGGCUUAUCCGGCUCCUUCACCUUCUACCUCAGGUCCAACUCCGCCUCCACCACCUCCUCCUCCCCCACUGCCUUCCUUUCCGCCUCUGUCACUCUCUGGACCUCAAGCUUCUCCUUCUCCCAACUCCCCGAAUGCCUCGACUCCCUCAUCCAAGCCUAGUGUUCUCCCUUCUCCCUCUGCAGCUACCCCUGCCUCUGUUGAGAACUCUCUAAACUCUGUGCUGGGAGACUCCUCUGCUUCUGAGCCAGUCUUGCAGGCAGCCUCUCAGCCGAUUGAACCUACGACCCAGCAGGGUGUUGUCCAAGGACCACCUGCACCUCCUCCCCCACCCCCCUUGCCCUCUGGCCCAGCUCAGUCUUCAGUAGCAGCCCCACCUCCUCCUGGCCCACCACCACCACCUCCACUUCCACCUUCAGGGCCGCCGCCUCCACCACCACCACCUCCACUUCCUAGCCAAGCUCCUCAAGUUCCUCUUCCACCUCCUGCUCCCCCUCUCCCCACCUCUGGAUUUUCAGUGGGAUAUGUGUCCGAAGAAAAUCGCCCUUUAACUGGACUAGCAGCUGCCCUUGCUGGAGCCAAGCUUAGGAAGGUCUCACGGGGUGAAGACUCUUCCAGUUCAGGUGGAGGAGGGGGCUCUGCUUCAUCUAAAACAGACAGUGGCCGUGGAAAUGGACCACUUCCCUUGGGAGGCAGUGGGCUGAUGGAAGAAAUGAGUGCACUGCUGGCCAGGAGGAGAAGAAUUGCUGAAAAGGGAUCAACAGAACCAGAGCCGAAAGAAGAUAAAACUGAAGAAGCAGAGUCUUCAACUUCUAAGGUUUCUUCAACAAGCACACCUGAACUAACAAGAAAGCCUUGGGAAAGAACAAAUACAGUGAAUGGAAGCAAGUCACCUGUUAUCUCCAGACGGGAAUCUCCAUGGAAAAAUCUGCUUGCUUCUGAAAACAGGUUCUAUGAUUCAUUAAACAGACCAAAAUCUACACCUACGGGGCAACCCAGUGCCAAUGGAGUACAGUCAGAAGGUCUAGAUUAUGACAGAUUGAAGCAGGACAUUUUAGAUGAAAUGAGGAAGGAGUUAACAAAAUUAAAGGAAGAACUCAUUGAUGCCAUCAGGCAGGAACUCAGCAAGUCGAAUACUGCGUAGAAAGACUAGUACUAAGCCGCUGUGACUCUUUAACUUGAUUAUAAAACUGACUACAUUUUGUGAGCUGUUAGAAGAAAAACGGAGACAGACACUUGGAAGGAGGGAGAAACAACCUAUUCUGAGAAGCUUCAGACACAUCACUCUGGUGAUAACGCUAUUCCCCUCCUAGUUUGCAGCUUUUUUCUGACCUUUACAGCAGGGUGGAAAAGACUCUUAAAGUUACUGUAACGAUUAUGCAGAAAUUCCUACACCUAUCAGACAAGAUCACAGUGCUUUGAAGUCUACUCAUGUCAAGAUCCAAUUGCACACAUUUCUGAAUUUGUUAAGACAAAAAACAAAACCAACAAUGAAAAUAAAAACAGGGAAAAGCUUGGGAAGGCUUUUCAGAGAGGUUUUCUUUGUUAAUGAAGGAGUUAGCAAGUUAUACUGUUGUACUUCAAAUGUAUCUCAGGUUUGUCUUCCUAUCAUAUCUGGUAUUUCCAUGCCCAAUUUAGCAAGAUCAGAUGUGUAGAAGUUCCAUUCACCAGACACGGAGCAAUUGGAAAGGGCAGUACUUGUUAAAGCCAGCGACCCUUAGAACGGUGAUGACGUAUCGAGAGUUGGGAAUUCUAUGAUAGGAAGCCUCUCUAGUUAGCCUUCAUGCAAUUUUAUAGGAAAAGAAAAAUAAAAGAGGAAAAAAAAAAAAAAAGAAAAGAAGAAGCAAAAUCCAGUCCAGAGUUUAAAGAUGUAGAUGCCUUCCUACAUUGUUACGAUGCUUUACCAAAUCUAAGACUUCUACACACCGCGAAUCAGCAGUCAAAAUGUAAAUCAUUAGUAUGUUGUAGAUUUACAGUAGAUUUUUGGGGGCUUUUUCUUUUUUUCCUUUUUGGAUUUUUUUUUUCUUUUUGGGUUUUGUUAUUUUUUUAGAUUUUAUGCAUGUGGACAUUUUUUUGUAAUGUAAACACAACACAGCCAGCUUUUUAAUUAAAAGAAAAAAAAAAAACUUGCAUGUCACAGAGUAGCCUUUUCAUUUGUAAGGCUUAAUUUAUGCCCAGAAAGAUGAGGGGUGAGGGGAGGGGGAAGGUGACACUUUUUUUUGUUUAAUUAUUGCUUUCUGCACUUUUUCUUCAUCUUACAUGCAUGUGUAACAAUGAGGAAAACGUGACUUUUAUCAGUAACCAUGUUAAUGGAACCAGGUACUUAAUCCUUUUCUAGCUUUUUUUCCCCCAGUUUUUCUAUUUGGAACUCAGUAAUAUUUCCAUAAUGGUUCUGGAACUCCCACGUGAACCACACUCAUUUCUCAGUGAGAGAACCAGCAGGCAGGCCUCUGAAUGACUGAGGGUGCCCCUGUGGAAGUGUGUUGUCCUUUUCCUUUUUACCAUGACCCUCUGCUUCACUCCUUUCUGAGACUCCUUUUUUGAUUGAUUAGUCAAACAGAGCAGCAGUUAGUUACCUUAGAACGACGAGCAUCAGGUCACAAUAAAUGUGCCCCUUCUAAUUUAUCUGCCACCCUCCUUCCAAAAAACCUCAAACCUAACAACAACAACAAAAAGCCCAAACCCCACAGCUCCCCACAACCCAAACGCUGAUGAACAGCAAUGGUUUUUUGGUCAACAGUUUGAGAAUCAUUUUUAGGACAGAUGAUACUUUCCUGUUUCCCAGGGUUUUCAGAUUGUACGCUUGUAAAUGAUUUUUUUCUU